CUCUUUCUAUAGAAUAUAAUGAACAGGUUUUCGCCCAGCUCCCACAUUCCGUUCUCUCUCGUAACAAUUUACAUUUGAUUAGGAUCAACUAUUGGGAUCAACUAGUGCUGUGAAACUGCGAAGACCGGAUAAAUUGUGACUAUGGAGGCUGUGAGAAGCCCAGCAAUGACUUAUUCAUUCUGUCCUGAAAAUGCCACCAAUUGUAACGACACAAGUUGCCUGAUGCCAAUUGACAAUUUUAACAAGUUUUUGAACUUAAUUUUAAGUUCUGUGCUGACAAUCCUCUUGGCUUUGGUUAUGUUCUCCAUGGGCUGCACUGUUGAAGCAACAAAACUCUGGGGCCAUAUUAAGAGACCGUGGGGUAUAUGUGUGGGCUUCCUUUGUCAGUUUGGUAUAAUGCCCCUCACAGCCUUUGCACUAUCGGCAGCCUUCAACAUUCACCCUAUUCAAGCAGUUGCUGUGUUGAUAAUGGGAUGCUGUCCUGGCGGAACAGGUUCAAACAUUAUGUCCUACUGGAUGGAUGGAGACAUGGAUUUAAGCAUAAGCAUGACCACAUGCUCCACAGUGCUGGGGAUGGGAAUGAUGCCUCUUUGCCUCUUCCUUUACACGAGAACUUGGGUAGACUCGGAUAUCAUCCAGAUCCCUUAUGACAGCAUAGGUAUUACCCUGGCAAGUCUCCUAAUCCCUGUUGCUGUUGGAAUUUAUGUGAACUACAAGUGGCCAAAAAAGGCCAAAAUAAUAUUGAAGAUUGGUUCCAUUACUGGCGCAAUACUCAUAGUCGGCAUAGCUGUUACUGGUGCCUUGCUGUACAAAGGAUCCUGGGCAACAUCUUCUUCCUUGUGGAUCAUUGGAACGAUCUUUCCAGCUAUUGGUUAUUCCCUAGGAUUUAUUUUGGCUCGAGUUGCUGGUCUGCCUUGGUUUAGAUGUCGUACUGUAGCUUUGGAAACCGGUGCGCAGAAUACUCAGCUCUGCACAACCAUAGUCCAGCUCUCUUUUACACCCGAUCAGCUUGUACUCAUGUUCACCUUUCCACUUAUCUACAGUGUGUUUCAAAUAUCGUUUGCAGCUAUAAUGAUUGGAGCUUAUCAAUUCUACAAGUGGUAUGGCAGGAGAUGUAGAGGUGACUCUGAUGGACAAGGUAAAGAUGAAGAAAACACAGUCACGUUCUCUGCUUUUACAAACGGAGGAUUUCAAACAGAUGAAAAAAUACCCAUUGGGCCCUCCCACAUAGAAGAUAAAUUAAAAAAUGGCUUCUUGAAGAGAGGGCUCCCUGCAGAAGAAAAGCCACCAAGAGAAGUCUUGGACGCAGGUACCAACCUGUAGGGAUUUUGCUUAAUGUGUACAUUUGAUAACAUACUUAUUGCCAUGGUCAUUACAGAUAAUAAUGCAGAGAUUACUUACAGAUACUAAUGCAGAGAAUACUUUUAGAAAGAACAAUCUGCACAUCCUUAAGAUUGAUAGUUAACUCAAAUUUCCUCCUUCAAGUUUAUCCCUUGCUAUUGCUAUAUCCAAGAAUGAUGGAAAAUGAAAUAUCUUAUGGAAAUGGCUCUGAAAGGAUGGCCCCAUGUAAUGGAAUGAGGUUCCACAAGCAUCACCCAUUCUCAUCUCCUGCUCAGUCAUCCUAAUUCUAUUUGAUUUCUUCACAAGCAUCUAUAUGUUAUAAAAGUUAUAAUGUAAAACUGUGAAAUUGGGGAAAGGAGUAAAGACUGGAAGAAUAAAUUACCACUGUCCCCUUUGCAUUUUGUUAGAUAUAUAAAAGCAUAACUAUGCAUAAUUACUGGAAUACAAAAUAUUAUGAUCUUGCUGUCCACAGACCAAACCUAUUUGGAAAAAUCAACAACUUCUCUUGAUAUUAAAGCUAACAGCAACAUUUGACCAAAGGGGAGAAUAAGAAACAGCACAAUGAGGGAAACCAAAAAUCACAAAGUCUAUGUUUCAACUUUGGUAUUAAAUAAUCAAUUCUUGAACUAUAAAUGUAGGAAGUGAGUAAAAGGAAAGAAUUAUGUGUUGUGUAAAAAGCUGCCAAUGACAGGAUAACUGACAUAGCUAGUCUUACACUUAACAGAUAAGGUCUCUGAUGCAAGAACUAUCUUUACACCAGUCCUGAACCAUGACUGCUC